AUGGAGGUUAUUUCGAAUGGUACCAAACUAAAAAAAAUAGACAAUGAACCAAACAAAUAUGUUGAUAAAAAUGAAAAUUUAGGCACUAAUAUUUCUGAAAAACAUGUCCCCAAAUUAUCAAGCACACAAUUAAAGAAGAACCCUUCUGUGCUAGCUGAAAAUAAACCACAAAAGAAGGAAUACGAUGAAAACGAGGUAAAGGAGGAGGAAAAAGUAAACAUAUUAAAGAAUACAGAUUUUUCUGAUGAUGAAAAACUAAGCAAAGAUGAUGCAAAUGAAAAAUACAAAAGCGGUGAUUAUGAAGAAGCUUUAAAAAUAUGGAAAAGAGGGUUAAAAUCAAUAAAUUAUGUUUUAUCAAAACACGAAGAGUUAAAUAGUGAAAAAUUAUGUGAAUUUAAAAAAAUGCAUUCUACUUAUUGUAGCAAUAUUGCUCAAGGGCACUUAAAAUUAAACCAAUAUUCUGAAUGUGUUAAAUAUUCACUACUAGCAAAAGAGCAUGAUAAGCUAAAUGUUAAAAUUUAUUUUAGACUCGCUAAAGGAUAUUUUAUGCUAGGAAAAUAUGAUGAUGCAAUUCAUGUAUUAAAUGAGGGAAUUAAAAUAAAUAACGAUACAGCAUUAAUUAAUUUAUUGCAAGUUGUAAAAAGAAAAAAACUCAUAUAUUUACAAAAGGAAAAAAAUACUAUGAAAUUUAUUUUCCAAAAGCUCAAAGAAAAAUCAAUAAUAGAAACUAAUAAAAAAAAUGGAAACACAUUCUUUAAUAAUAUUUUUUCAUUUAUUUGUCUUUUUCUUAUGUAUGUUUAUUCUUUAUUUGUUAGUUUAUCAAACUACUUUUCCCAAAUAAUAAAAAGACAGAAAAUGAUGAAGGACGAAUAG